AUUGGGUCCCACCGCGGACGGCUGGACAGGAUAAAAGCAUGUGAGACGCGGUGUGAUUUUAAGAUGAGUAGAGAGGAGCAGCAGGGAAGUACAGAGCGAGGGAUCAGAUCAGAGCGUGUACAGACACACAGAAAGACACACAGACAGACAACAGGGCAUAGACAACAGAAGCAACUCGUCGAGACUGAUCCGUGCUAGUGACAACUCCACUGUGUGGUAUGAUAGGAAACAUUUUGGAAACAUGCUCCUGAUUGUGGGAAACUUCCAUUGAUCCGUUCCAGUCUGCAGCGAUAGCGUGUGAACUCUGGUGUUUUAGGAGCUGCCAUCAGCCUUGAUACAUGAUCUGCUAUUUUCGCGUUUUCGGCAGAUUUUAGAGACUGGCCCGGCUUGGCAUUGCACUUUUCGUGGUACUAUCCCCCAAAUCGUUAUACUGCUGUUAGCCUGCAAGACAAAAGGGGACGCUCCGAUCAACACGUCCGCUUUCACCACGAUCUACCAGAAUCGAUAAUUUCUUCUUCACUUCCUGCUUGGCUGAUAUUCUGGAUGAGGAUGAUGAUAAUCGCGGAGUUCUUCCUGGUGAUUUUGAAAGUCCUCUGGGCUUUCGUAACCGCCGGGGCCAAGUGGAUCGUGCGGCCGAAGGAGAAGAGCGUGGCGGGACAGGUGUGCGUGAUCACCGGCGCUGGCAGUGGCCUCGGGCGGCUCUUUGCCAAGGAGUUCGCCCGGAGGCGGGCGGUGCUGGUGCUAUGGGACAUAAACAGCCAAAGCAACGAGGAGACCGCAGAAAUGGUGCGGGAGAUAUACCGGGAGCUGGACAGUCCCAUGCCUAAAGACGGUACGGUCGGAGGAGUAGAGGAGGUCCCGCCGUUCCAGCCCCAGGUUUACACCUACGUAUGUGACGUGGGCAAGCGGGAGAGUGUGUACAUGACGGCCGAGAAGGUGCGCCGUGAGGUGGGCGAGGUGGACAUUCUGAUCAACAACGCCGGUGUCGUCUCCGGCCACCACCUCCUGGAGUGUCCUGAUGAGCUCAUCGAGCGCACCUUGGUGGUCAACUGUCAUGCGCACUUCUGGACCACCAAGGCUUUUCUCCCCAAGAUGCUGGAGUUGAAUCAUGGACACAUUGUGACGGUUGCCAGCUCCCUUGGUUUAUUCAGCACAGCUGGAAUUGAGGACUACUGCGCCAGUAAGUUCGGCGCCAUCGGCUUCCACGAGUCGCUGAGCCACGAGCUGAAGGCGUCCGAGAAGGACGGCAUCAACAUGACCCUGGUGUGCCCGUACCUGGUGGACACGGGCAUGUUCAAGGGCUGUCGCAUCAGGAAGGAGAUCGAGCCCUUCCUCCCCCCGCUGAAGCCGGAGUUCUGCGUGACCCAGUCCAUGAGGGCCAUCCUCACCGACCAGCACAUGAUCUGCACGCCCCGCAUCGUCUACAUGGUCAACUUCAUGAAGAGCAUCCUGCCCUUCGAGGCCAUCGUCUGCAUGUACCGCUUCCUGGGGGCCGAUAAGUGCAUGUACCCCUUCCUGGCACAGCGAAAGGAGGCCAUGAACAACAACGAGGACAAGAACGGCAUCUAGAGGCCCCGCCCCCGGAGCCUUCCACAGCGCUGGCUCCUCCCCCUCUCCCCCCCCUCCCGGAACGGGCACACUGGCAGCGGGGGGGAGACGGGGGAGGGGGGAGGCACAUAUACCUGCAAGCACGAGGAUGCGACCACUGGGGGUGUGAUGGGAUGGGGGGGGGGGGGGGUCGAGAGGAGGGUGAAGAGGAAGAGGAGGAGAAGGGAAGAAGAAAAGAUUGACUUUAGACUGGUGCACUUGCAUUGAGCAAAUGCAAAAGGUUUCCCAUAUCGUUCCUCUGGGACAAAGAAAGCUGUGUGCUACACAAAGGAUUUAUUGACUUUGUUUCGUCUCUUAUGUUGUCUAUUGUUUGUGUUUUUGUUGAAAGAAACCAACAUCUAUAUAAUGUGUCACUAGUUUUGUUUUUUUCAAAUCAUACAGAUAAAAAAAAGGUAUUCAAUAAUUAACUAUUUACGUAAUGUAGUCACCAGCCUUAUUUAGUUGUCUUUGUGAAAAAAAUAUACAGUAUGUUACUGUACACACAGUAAAGGUCUGUCACUUUUUUUUGUUUUCAUUUUGUAGACAUGCACUGUAAUUAACUGAGUCUCCGCAACACAUUUCAACUCGGCAUUUCACACCCCCCCCCCCGCCCCCUACCCAGGAAUCUCUCCCGCUUCCCCGAUCAACCUCUCACACUCGGGUCACACGUCGGAGCACCAUCUCUCCAUUGUUGAAGUCGUGAGAGCGAUAAUAGUUUAUUUCCUCCGCCCCCAUGGCGUUCACAUGUUUGCUGUUCAACACGUUCUGCUCAUCCCGUCGCCAGCGUGGCCCACGAGGCGUUCCAGCGAGGGCAUCUCUUCUCCUAGAGCCCGGAGCAGGGCUGACGGACAGUCAUGGGGGUGGGGGGAAGGCUGGGCUUUUAAAGAAUCCUACACGUGCGUGAUGAAGGCAGGAGGCUGGGAGGUUAAUGUCCGGACGUUUUCACAGGCUAAUGUUCCGCUAGUUGUCCGUCUGUCUCGUGUGGAGCACAUCCGUUGUCAGCCUGUCGACCAUCUUGUUUUAGUAGAUGAGAAUACCUCGUCCUAGAGUGUGAAUUUAAACAUUUUGCGGGGGACACCAUUCGAUGUCUUUCCCCAACCCCCCUACUGUGCCCCUGACGUUUCCGUCCAGUUACAGUGAAAUGUAAAUUGUUAAAUCGUUGUCAAUACCCCUUUGCCCAAAUAACAUCAGUCUCCACACUAUUUGAUAUAUCUAUAUCUGUAACGUUUGGGAAGACUGUUAUUGAAUUCAACUACAUUCCAAUAGGUCUCGUCCCUCCAGUCACAGUGAUGAGCCUAAAGUCUCUACCUCUUAAUUUUUUGCCAUUUUUGUUUUUACAGUAUCACAUAAGCAUCUUUGUUUUGUAAUUUCUCUGAAGACCGCUCCAAAGCGGAGCAAAUGUGGUUCUGAUGUUUAGUGUCUCUACCUAACUUAAAUUAAUAAAGUGAUUUAGAUUAUUAA